AUGUGGUUUUUAUUUAAUGAAACAGGAAAAGAUUUAAUUAUCGAUUAUUUAAAUGAUCUUGAAAAGUUUGAUGGAAAUAUAUCAUCGACAUCAAUAAAUUUAAAACAAAAUGAAUCUAUUCGAUUAUUUGUUGAAUGUCAAUUAUCUGUUAAAAUUGGAGAUAUUGUUAAAACUAUUAAUUUAAAUCGAACAUGUAAACGUGUUUAUGAUUUAAGUGUAUCAACAGAUCAAAAUCGGCCAAUACAAAUGCUUUGUGAUAUUCAAAUAAGAAAUGAUUGUCGACAUGUUAUUUUUAGGUCACUCGUUAAAAUUUACAAUAAUACUACUAUACCUUUAAGUAUAAUAAACUUUGAUUCAGUUGGUACAAUACAAAAUCAAAAAAUUGCAACAAUCGAAUUCACCAAUAUAUAUAUUGCUGCUCAUGAAGGUGGAACUAAUACAGAAAUCAAUAAUUGUUGUUCAAUUGAUUGGGAAAAUCAAUCAACAAUGGAAAGAACAUUGAAAUUAAAAAACGGAAUUGAAGCACAUCUUACGAUUAUUACAGAAUUAAAUGAUGCUUAUAUAGAAAAUACUGAUCAACUUGAUCGUGCUUGUUUUGAUCUUUAUAUCACAACCACAGAGCCACCCACUUCCAAGAAGAUCUCAUGUUCGAUCAUUGUCAUAUGA